AUGGUCGGCGUAGCAGGAAAGUCCAACGCAUGCAAGACAUGCAAGAAACGGAAAGUCAAGUGUGACGGACAGAAACCAGUCUGUGAGCGAUGUACAAAAGGCGGCCAUGUCUGCUACGGCUACGACCGGAAAGUCCAGUUCCGGCAUCUCAGUGCCCUGGAUCAUGAUAACCUCUUGGCUCGUAGCCAGCCGCAGACUUCGUUGACAGAGCUGUCGCGGUUGCUCUAUGGACCGUUCGCCCCGCUGGAAAGCACAGGCGGUGAUGGUAGACAUUUGCCUGCGGAAGGUGUAGAGAGCGUAGACCCAAUCGGACUUACAGGAUCACGAUCGCUGGCCAGUUUCCCAUUCAGACAGGAUCCCGACAAAACCACACCGCCAGGAGAAACAGUCUCAUGGAUCCAAGCAGUGGCCUCAUGGCGAGGCAAAUACGCCUCCCUGAACCUAGCAAUGUCCGCCCUCAGCAUGAUCUGCCUGAGCCGAACAGGCGGCGACGAGCGCCAUCAGAGCGAAGGCGCCAUCAAGUACGGCCAGGUCCUGAGAGAUCUGCAGGAUACUUUGGCCAUUGACAGCCUGGCGCUAGAGGAGCAGACGCUGGCAAGCUGCAUGACGCUGACCAUCUUUGAGGUCAUGGCACCGUCAGGAGGCGAUGUGUCUGGCUGGUCGAGGCAUGUCCAGGGGAUUUCGAGGCUCUUUGAGCUUCGAGGUCCAGAGCUGCAUGUUUCUGGUUUGGCGCAUCGGUUGUUUCUUGGGUUUCGCUCUUCUGCUGUGAGGAUCUUCAAUUUGCACCCGUUCAUGUAUGCCAUCCACGCGCUGGCUCUGCGCAAGCCAACGUACCUCGCGGACCCGGAUUGGCUGGUGAUCCCGUUCACCGUGGAGCCCAAGACGAACUUUCAUGCCCUGAUCGACAUAAUGCUACAGAUACCGGCAUUCGUCGACCAAACAGAUCGACUGGAUUGGGCCUUACAAUCAGAGAUAUCCGCACUGACACGACCGGAGCUUCUGGUGCGAGGCAUGGAACUGCACCAACAGCUCAAAGACUGGUACGGCAGCCUUGGCAGCAAGUCCAAGGACCCCUUCUACGUCGAGAAGAGGUCUUCUCUCGCAGUGCCGAACCGAAUACCUGCUAGCCUCGAGUCUGUCUUCCCAGUUUUUCUGCACUUCCAAUCCUUCGAAGUCGCACGGAUGCAUCUCUUCUACUGGACAGCACUGGUCACGGUCAGCUACAACAUCCUCAAGGUAGCUGGCUCGGAUUUAGACGUGAGAAAGUGCUCAGACGGCACCAUGCUGCCGGAAGCUGACGUAGCUGCGCUCCGUAAGGAAGCUCUGGACAUCGCAAUACUUAUCGCACGGUCAAUGGAGUUCCUCCUUUCGGAAGAACGGUUUCUGCUCUCGGAAGAAAUGCAUAUUCGUGGAGUCUUGAAUACGUUGUAUCCUUUGCACACUGCGAUACACGUUUUCUCGAGUUUGCAGGAAGCGGAGAAGGAGGCGUGGUGUCGGGCUGUCUUCGAUGGGCUUGCUCAGCGGGGCUAUCCGUUUGGACAGAUACUGAGUCGUGCGGAAUGGGAUGAUAUGCCUGCUUUGCUGGCUGGAAAGGCGCCCGCUUGGGAGGUAUGA